AUGUCAAUGGAGGAAGACAAAGGUUCAGUUUGUGUAACAGGAGGAACUGGACAUGUAGCUUCAUGGUUGAUUAUGAGGCUUCUUCAACAUGGCUACUCUGUUAGAGCCACUGUUAGAUCAUCAUCAUCAUCAAACCUAGAACCCAAGAACAAAAACACACUGAGCUUCCUCACAAGCCUUCCAGGAGCAUCAGAAAGGCUCAAAAUCUUCAAAGCAGACAUGGACAAACCAGAGAGUUUCAGAGAAGCCAUUGAAGGAUCAAUUGGUGUCUUCCAUCUUGCACACCCAAUGGACAUUGAAGGCAAAGAACCAGAAGGAACAGUGACCAAACGUUCAUUGGAAGCAUUGCAAGCAAUCUUGAAAGCAUCAAUGGAUUCCAAGACUGUGAAGAAGUUUGUUUACACUGCAAGUGCAGCUGCAGUCAUGAUCAAUGAUGGAGGUCUUGAUAUAAUGGAUGAGGAGACAUGGAGUGAUAUUGAGUUUUGUAGGAGAUUCAAGUACACAAGCUCUUCUUACACAGUUUCCAAGACUCUAACAGAGAAGGCAGCACUGGAUUUUGGAGAGAAAAAUGGUUUGGAUGUUGUGUCUGUUGUUCUUCCUUUGGUUGUUGGACCUUUCAUCUGUCCUAAGCUGCCUAGUUCUGUUUAUGUCACGCUUGCUAUGAUUCUUGGGAAAAUGGAUGAAUACAAGCAUCUUUGUUUCUAUCUUUAUCACAUGGUGCACAUUGAUGAUGUAGCAAAUGCACAAAUCUUCCUAUUUGAGUCGAGCAAUGCAAAAGGGAGGUAUAUAUGUUCAUCAGCAGAAUUAACAGUGCAUAAAAUGUAUGACUAUAUCUCUACAAAUUACCCAGAAUUUGAACUGCCAAUUGAUCUGAUUAAGGAGAUUGAAGAUAAGAAUAAGCCUAGCCUCUCAUCAAAGAAGCUAUUGGAUAGUGGAUUUAAAUUCAAGUAUGGUCCAUAUGAAAUGCUUGAUGGAGCUAUUGGAUGCUGUAAACAGAAGGGUUUUCUUUGA